UUCCAAAAUUACAGUCCCAGCUCCUCUCUUUUAUCCCUCGUUCUUGCGCCGUUGGCCACCCUCAAUCCAACCUUUUCCCCGCCUCCGCCCCGACUCCGACUCCGCCUCCAAAAUCCCAUAAAACAAUGCGUUUUACCAAGGUCAGCGAGUAAUACAAAAAAUGCACCGUUAGAAAGCCCCCCCUAGGGAGAGAAAUCCAUGAGAAAAUGCAUGCAUCAACGACAACAAUCAACAGAGCAGCCAUUUUCCACCGCCUGCGCACUUUAGCUUCAUCAGUUAAUCCUCUUGGUUCUGAUCGCCAUGUUCAGGUUCAUGGAAUCAUCCUCCUCUCUCUGAGUUAAUUCGGUUUUAUAUUUUGUUUGUUUUCUUAAAUUUGAGCUAUUAAUUUUGGCUAGUCACGCAUUUAAAUUCUGUAAUUGAAUUCAUAAUUCCUUAUCUAGGGCUAGAAAUUAUAGGAAAAAAUUAUAUUUUUUAAAAAUGUCGUUUAUAUUUAUAAUGCAAAAAAUAAUAAUUAAAGGGUUAGGGUAGGAGCUAGUGAGUGUAUUCUACAGUAUAGAUAGGUUUUAGAAGUAUAAGCUUUCAGCCAAGCAUUCAUAAGAAGCAGUUCUGCCGUUCUCUGUUUCGCUCUUCUCCUGCGGCCCUCACCUUUUAUGCCUCUUUCCUUACACGAUCAGACCAGCUGAGGAAAAGAAAAAGAAAAAGAAAAAGAUUUAGAUAUUGGCGUUGGAAAGUUUUCUUUGCUGAUCCCUAGAUGAAUUAUUAAAAGAUUAUAUAUAACCAGGACUGAUUGGAUUAAACCUUCCCAAUCCAGGGUUAAAAACCAUGUCACAAGUCCUCCACAUUGCCCGUGAAUGAUGAUCCAUCACAAUACCUAACCUUAAUUCUGUUCCUGUUGCAGAAGUCUUCAUGUUCAGGUUUUUGACAACUGGAAAUAUUAAAAAAGUUAGGGUGUUGAUUUUUGGUAAACAGAAAAGUAAUGAUCAAUUAUUGGAAGUAAAAGAGUAUGGGACAGUAGUUUCAGUUUGCUUGCAUUUGCCGCAAUUUAGAAAUUACUCGCAGUAUAGCUUUCCAAGUAGAGGGUAUUCGUCAUUUGCAUUGUGCAAUAUUAAAGAGCAGUUUGGCCGUAGGUAUUUUACAAGGAAUUAUUCAUUUACGAGUGAUGCGGUGACACACAAUGCCCAGCUUGUCUGGAAAAGGCUAUUUAGGAAAGGUUCUGCUAGUGGCCGGAGUUUUCCUCGGAUAAGUAGGAUAGCUCAAGCAGUUAGCUUGGCUUUGACGCGGUCUCAGUUGGUGAUCCCAAGUGCUUUAGUGUUGACAUGUGGGCAGGUGGCAUGGGCACAAAGAACAUUGGUGGAACCGGAUUAUUAUCCCGGUUCUUUGUAUAUGCGUGCACAAGAUGGGCAUGCUUAUGUGACGUCUUUAGUACAUGCUAUUGUAGAAGCAUUUGUGUUGUUAGUGAGAGCUAUAUAUUUAGCAAUUUUGUUCUCACCCAGCUUGUUGAUGGCUCCAUUUGCUGAUUCUUGUGGGCCAGAGUUUAGGAAAAUGUGGCUUCAUGUUGUUCAUCGGACACUGGAGAAAGCAGGUCCAGCAUUUAUAAAAUGGGGUCAAUGGGCAGCUACCCGACCGGAUCUAUUUCCUAGAGACUUAUGCACCAAGCUUUCAGAGCUACAUUCUAAAGCUCCUGAACAUAGUUUUGGGUACACGAAGAAAACUAUUGAAAGAGCAUUUGGUCGCAAACUUUCUGAAAUUUUUGAGGGUUUUGAAGAGGUUCCUGUAGCAUCUGGAAGUAUUGCUCAAGUGCAUCGGGCCUUUUUGAAAUGUCACUACCCUGGAAAAAAACUGACAAAGCCUACAGUGGUUGCUGUAAAGGUUAGACAUCCUGGUGUUGGUGAAUCAAUUAGAAGAGACUUUAUGAUAAUAAACUUGGUUGCAAAGAUAUCAACAUUUCUUCCAGCUUUGAAUUGGUUGAGACUUGAUGAGAGUGUGCAACAGUUCGCUGUUUUCAUGAUGUCCCAAGUUGACCUUGCAAGGGAAGCUGCACAUUUAAGCCGCUUUAUAUAUAACUUCCGAAGGUGGAAGGAUGUUUCUUUUCCGAAGCCUGUCUAUCCACUUGUGCAUCCUGCUGUUUUAGUGGAAUCUUAUGAGCAAGGAGAAAGUGUCUCGCAUUAUGUCGAUGACCUUGAAGGACAUAAUUGGAUUAAAACUGCACUUGCGCACAUCGGGACUCAUGCACUUCUCAAAAUGCUUUUGGUAAAUUUUUACACACUUUAUUUGUGUGUGUUUGUGUUGUCUCUAAGUUCCCAAUGAUGAGUCAAGGAUUGUUAAGUAUUUUUCAGUUAGAAAAUGGGGUGUUUAUUGUUUCAGGUGUAAAUUUAGCCUUUUAUCCCUUCCCUGUUGAGGAACUAAAACAAAAAAGAAGUAAAUUCACGGGCAGAUAUCUCAAACAAUUAUUUGCUAUUCAAUUAUUUCUUUCGUUUGUAUGCAAUGGACAUGCUACUUGAGCUGGUUUUUAAACUUGUAGCCAACAUGAUAUUUUGAUGGUGAAUGUUGGCAUGACAGGAGACAAGUUAUACAUAGCAAGAAGUUAAUUUGAAUU